AUGCAGGAAACCGCAGGCGCUGGAAGGGAGGCCAGUAUCGAAGCUGUGCCGAGCACCCCCGGUCCCCCCCGGCCCAGCUCCCGGCAGCCCGGGGUGCUGGGGGCCGCGCCGGAUGGACCCCCGCGGUGCACGGACGGGAGGGCCACCGUGUGUGAUGCUCCUGCCGGGAUGCAGGCGACGGCUCCCGCCACACCCGCCUCCAUUGUGGGGGCCAGCGAGGGGUUGGAGGCUGACAUCGAGCAGCUGGACCCCCGGGGACGCACCCCACUGCACCCGGCCACCACGCUGGAGCAUGGUGCUGACGUGGGCAAGGAGAACCGCAGCGGCUGGACAGUCCUGCAGGAGGCCGUGAGCACCCGGGACCUGGAGCUGGUGCAGCUGGUCCUGCGCUACCGGGACUACCAGAGAGCCAUCAAGCGCCUGGCUGGGAUCCCCAUCCUGCUGGAGAAGCUGCGCAAGGCUCAGGACUUCUAUGUGGAGAUGAAGUGGGAGUUCACCAGCUGGGUGCCACUGGUGUCCAAGAUCUGCCCCAGUGACACCUACAAGGUGUGGAAGAGUGGCCAAAACCUGCGGGUGGACACCACGCUACUGGGCUUCGACCACAUGACAUGGCAGCGGGGCAACCGCAGCUUUGUCUUUCGGGGACAAGACACCAGCGCAGUGGUGAUGGAGAUUGACCAUGACCGGCGGGUGGUCUACUCAGAGACACUGGCCCUGGCAGGCCAUGACCAGGAGGUGCUGCUGGCUGCUGUGCAGCCCACGGAGGAGCAGGUGAUGGGGAGGCUGACAGCCCCCGUGGUCACCACCCAGCUCGACACCAAGAACAUCGCCUUUGAGAGGAACAAGUCUGGGAUCCUGGGCUGGAGGAGCGAGAAGACGGAAAUGGUGAAUGGGUACGAGGCCAAGGUCUAUGGUGCCUCCAAUGUGGAGCUGAUCACACGGACACGGACCGAGCACCUCUCGGACCAGCACAAGGGCAAGAGCAAAGGCAGCAAGACCCCCCUGCAGUCCUUCCUGGGCAUCGCCGAGCAGCAUGUGGGGCCCAACAAUGGGACGCUGAUCACGCAGACGCUGAGCCACGCCAACCCCACCGCCAUCACCCCCGAGGAGUACUUCAACCCCAACUUCGAGCUGGGCAACAGGGACAUGGGGCGGCCCAUGGAGCUCACCACCAAGACACAGAAGUUCAAGGCGAAGCUGUGGUUGUGUGAGGACCACCCGCUGUCCCUCUGCGAGCAGGUUGCCCCCAUCAUUGACCUCAUGGCAAUAAGCAACGCGCUGUUCGCCAAACUGCGGGACUUCAUCACCCUGCGCCUCCCGCCCGGCUUCCCCGUCAAGAUCGAAAUUCCCAUCUUCCACAUCCUCAACGCCCGCAUCACCUUCGGGAACCUCAAUGGGUGCGACGAGCCCGUCAGCUCCCUGCGGCACAGCCCCAGCAGCGAGGCGCCUUCGCCCAGCAGCGACUCCUCCAGCGUCAGCAGCUCCAGCUCUCUGAGAGCUGCAGGCUGCAGGGGGGUGUCUCUGUGCCAGACCGCCCUGGCAGCACGAUGCGACUGA